GGAGGAGGAGGAGGCCCCGUCGCGGCCUCCGCCGCCGCCAACGGGGCUGUCCCUGUAGCUCCCGAUGGAGUUUGAGGUCGCGAAACCGCCGCCGAGCGCUGCCCCGGCGAGACGAGGCGCCUCCGUCGCCGAGCCGCGCCGUCGCGGGGCUCCCGGGAGCGGCCCUUAGCGACCCCGCCCGGGCCCCCUCAGCUUACAAAACACUACACUGCAAAAUAAUGAUCUGCUAGACUGCUAACCUGAGCAUCCACCUUCCAUAAUGCCUGUGCAGGCAGCUCAGUGGACAGAAUUUCUGUCCUGUCCAAUCUGCUAUAAUGAAUUUGAUGAGAAUGUGCAUAAACCCAUCAGCUUAGGUUGUUCACACACUGUUUGCAAGACCUGCUUAAAUAAACUUCACCGGAAAGCUUGUCCUUUCGACCAAACUGCCAUCAACACAGACAUCGAUGUGCUUCCUGUGAACUUUGCACUUCUCCAGUUAGUUGGAGCCCAGGUACCAGAUCAUCAGUCGAUAAAGUUAAGUAAUCUAGGUGAGAACAAACAUUAUGAGAUUGCAAAAAAAUGUGUUGAGGAUUUGGCACUCUACUUAAAACCACUAAGUGGAGGUAAAGGUGUAGCUAGUUUGAACCAGAGUGCACUGAGCCGUCCAAUGCAAAGGAAAUUGGUGACACUUGUAAAUUGUCAACUGGUGGAGGAAGAAGGUCGUGUAAGAGCCAUGCGAGCAGCCCGUUCCCUUGGAGAGAGAACUGUAACGGAACUGAUAUUACAGCACCAGAACCCUCAGCAGUUGUCUGCCAACCUAUGGGCUGCUGUCAGGGCUCGAGGAUGCCAGUUUCUAGGGCCAGCUAUGCAAGAAGAGGCCUUGAAGUUGGUGUUGCUGGCAUUAGAAGAUGGUUCUGCUCUCUCAAGGAAAGUUCUGGUACUUUUUGUUGUACAAAGACUAGAACCAAGAUUUCCUCAGGCAUCAAAAACAAGUAUUGGUCAUGUUGUGCAACUACUGUAUCGAGCUUCUUGUUUUAAGGUCACCAAAAGGGAUGAAGAUUCUUCUCUGAUGCAGCUAAAGGAGGAAUUUCGAAGUUAUGAGGCAUUACGCAGAGAACAUGAUGCCCAGAUUGUUCAUAUUGCUAUGGAAGCAGGACUCCGCAUUUCACCUGAACAGUGGUCCUCACUUCUUUAUGGUGACCUGGCACAUAAAUCACACAUGCAGUCUAUCAUUGAUAAGCUGCAAUCUCCAGAAUCAUUUGCAAAGAGUGUCCAGGAAUUGACAAUUGUUUUGCAACGGACAGGUGACCCAGCUAACUUAAAUAGACUGAGGCCUCAUUUAGAACUUCUUGCAAAUAUAGACCCUAAUCCAGAUGCUGUUUCACCAACUUGGGAGCAGCUAGAGAAUGCGAUGGUAGCUGUUAAAACAGUGGUUCAUGGCCUUGUGGAUUUCAUACAGAAUUACAGUAGAAAAGGCCAUGAAACACCUCAGCCUCAGCCAAACAGCAAAUAUAAAACUAGCAUGUGCCGAGAUCUGCGACAGCAAGGAGGGUGUCCACGAGGAACAAAUUGUACUUUUGCCCAUUCUCAGGAAGAACUUGAAAAGUAUCGAUUAAGGAACAAAAAGAUCAAUGCGACUGUAAGAACAUUUCCUCUUCUAAAUAAAGUUGGUGUAAACAGCACUGUUACAACCACAGCCGGAAAUGUCAUUUCUGUCAUAGGAAGUGCUGAAACAACGGGGAAAAUGGUUCCAAGUACAAACGGAAUUUCAAAUGCAGAAAGCAGUGUUCCCCAGCUAAUCCCACGUAGUGCUGACAGCUCACUCAGAGCUCUGGAGACUGUGAAGAAAGUGGGGAAGGUUGGCACUAACGGCCAGAAUGCCGCCGGGCCUUCUGCAGAGUCUGGGACUGAAAAUAAAAUUGGUUCUCCACCCAAGACGCCUGUAAGUAAUGUAGUGGCUACCUCAGCUGGGCCCUCUUCUGUUGGAACAGAGCUAAAUUCUGUGCCUCCAAAAUCCAGCCCAUUUAUAACUAGAGUACCAGUAUAUCCUCAGCAUUCUGAAAACAUUCAGUAUUUUCAAGAUCCGAGGACUCAGAUACCCUUUGAAGUCCCACAGUACCCACAGACAGGCUACUACCCACCUCCGCCAACAGUACCAGCUGGUGUGGCUCCCUGUGUUCCUCGCUUUGUGAGGUCCAAUAAUGUUCCAGAGUCCUCCCUCCCACCUGCCUCCAUGCCGUAUGCUGAUCAUUACAGCACAUUUUCCCCCCGAGAUCGAAUGAAUUCUUCUCCUUACCAACCUCCUCCUCCUCAGCCGUAUGGACCCGUUCCUCCAGUCCCUUCUGGGAUGUAUGCUCCAGUAUAUGAUAGCAGGCGCAUCUGGCGCCCCCCUUUGUACCGAGAUGACAUUAUCAGAAGCAAUUCUUUACCUCCAAUGGAUGUGAUGCACUCAUCUGUCUACCAGACAUCUUUGCGGGAAAGAUACAACUCAUUAGAUGGGUAUUAUUCAAUGGCUUGUCAGCCACCCAGUGAGCCAAGGACAACUGUGCCUUUACCAAGGGAACCCUGUGGUCAUAUGAAGACCAGUUGCGAGGAGCAGAUAAGAAGAAAGCCAGAGCAGUGGGCACAGUACCACACUCAGAAAGCACCUCUUGUCUCUUCAACUCUGCCUGUUGCCACACAGUCACCAACACCUCCUUCUCCUCUGUUCAGUGUAGACUUCCGCGCUGAUUUCUCUGAAAGUGUGAGUGGCACAAAAUUUGAAGAAGAUCGUCUUUCCCACUAUUCUCCUUGGUCUUGUGGCACCAUAGGCUCCUGUAUAAAUGCCAUCGAUUCGGAGCCCAGAGAUGUAAUUGCUAAUUCGAAUGCUGUGUUGAUGGACCUGGACAGUGGAGAUGUCAAGAGAAGAGUGCACUUAUUUGAAACUCAGAGAAGGACGAAAGAAGAAGACCCGAUAAUUCCUUUCAGUGAUGGGCCUAUCAUCUCAAAAUGGGGUGCAAUUUCCCGAUCGUCCCGUACAGGGUAUCACACUACAGAUCCUGUCCAAGCCACUGCUUCCCAAGGAAGUGCAACUAAGCCAAUCAGUGUCUCAGAUUAUGUCCCUUAUGUCAAUGCUGUUGAUUCGAGGUGGAGUUCUUAUGGUAAUGAGGCCACAUCUUCAGCACACUAUAUCGAACGGGACAGGUUCAUUGUUACGGAUUUAUCUGGUCAUAGAAAGCAUUCCAGUACUGGAGACCUUUUGAGCAUUGAACUUCAGCAGGCCAAGAGUAACUCUCUGCUUCUUCAGAGGGAGGCCAACGCCCUGGCCAUGCAGCAGAAGUGGAACUCCCUGGAUGAAGGCCGCCACCUUACCUUAAAUCUUCUAAGCAAGGAAAUUGAACUGAGAAAUGGAGAGAGUGAUUAUGCAGAAGAUACAACUGAUACUAAACCUGAUCGGGACAUUGAGUUAGAGCUGUCAGCACUUGAUACUGAUGAGCCUGAUGGUCAAGGGGAACAGAUUGAAGAGAUUCUAGACCUGCAGCUUGGUAUCAGUUCUCAGAGUGAUCAGUUGAUGAAUGGAACAGCAGUGGAAAAUGGGCACACUGUCCAGCAGCGCCAGAAGGAACCCCUGGAGCAGAGGAGACAGAGCUUAGGUGAAGAGCAUGUCAUUCUGGAGGAGCAAAAAGCGGUUAUGCCGGUAACUUCUUGCUUUAGCCAGCCUCUUCCGGUGUCCAUUAGCAAUGCAAGUUGCCUCCCCGUCACAGCUGUCAGUGUUGGCAACCUCAUACUGAAAACUCAUGUUAUGUCUGAAGAGAAAAACGACUUUUUAAAACCUGUUGCAAAUGGGAAGAUGGUAAACAGCUGAAAGGAGGCUCAUCUUUCAGAUUUGUGACCAUACCAUGGAGGCAUUUACACUAGCUUUUUAUAUAUAUAAUAUAUAUUAUAUAAUGUAUAUUUUUUUUAAAAAAAAGAUAUUAUGGGGGGCAUCCAUUUCCUGUGGACUCUUUGAUACUUCAAGCCCUCUUGCAUUAGCAUUAUGAAAAAAGUAAGAAAUUUUACUUUAUUAGGGUAACACGUUCACUUUCCAGAAGUGAUUGGAAUUUGGACAUUUAACUUAAGCUUCAAGCAGCUUUUUAUGAGUUUGUAGCAAUCCGGUGCAGUAACUGAGCCAUUUCCUAUUUUAAAUGGCUUCUAUAGAAAAUUAACAACUCAGUUAUUAAACUAGCAGGAUCCUACAAUGAUACAUCUAGUGAAAGUAGACUUAAUUAACUUAUUUAUUUCUAUUUUAUGUUUCACUGAGAAAUUUCCAUCUCAUUCCAGCUGCUUUAUUUAUCUUUUUCAUGGGACUUUGCAUGGAUUUUUUUUUCUUUUCUUUUUACUUCAAAGAGUGAAGUUAGAUGUUCUUACCAUAGAAUUUUACAGGGUUAUAUACUAGCUUUCUUUACUGCAUUAUAUGUAGGAGUGUGGUGCAGUGCUUUUAUCUGUAGUGUUUAAUUUUUUUUUUAAUUUCCCAUUUUUCAAGAAUAGUUUGUGCUUUGUUAAUAUUUAUACACAGGCUACUUGUUGAAGUAAGUAAUUAAAUAUAUAACCAAGUGCCUAAGUCUUUCAGCUGAUGUACUAGAUAUUAAAUUCUCCUAAGUUAUGCAGAAUCGUUUUUACAAUUUUGAUAAAUUAUGCACUAAUGUAAUGGCAGUUUUUUAAAAUGCAGAUUUAAGCCUGUACAUUAUUGAAUCUGAUGACUUGGCAUAAGAAUCAGGUGCUUUCAGCUUUCUUGAGAAAACCCUGUAUGUAGCGUUUGCACUGACUAACAAGAUGGCAUUGCUGGGUUUUUAAUUUAAUUAAUUUGGAUGUUCAUUGCAUUAUCUUGGUUAAAUAUUGUUUAUUGUUACUUCAUGUUGGGGUUUAAUUUUUCUUGUUUUCUGUUAGGUUGAAAAGACUAUGAACCAUGUGAUAAGAUAACAUUGGCUAACCUUUAUUCAUUCUUAAAAACAUGAAUAAUUUAUGCCCUGCUAAAAUGUGACUGGAAAGGGUUUUGACUUGGCACCUGAAAGUGUGCAGUAUGUUCAUCCAGCCACGCUUCAAAUUUGUGGGAGGUAUUUUUUGAAACCUAAAUUUCAGUCAGCAUUUGAAAACUAAAACUGGGCAUUCCUUCUGGUGAUCUUACCUAGUUUGUCUCUUCGUUUUUUCCGUUUCUUUAAGAUUAGUUUGCCUUUUAUUAUUAUUUUUUUAAUUAACUUCUGUGAAGUUGUUUACUCUGAAAAUUGUACUGGAAUAUUUUAAGCCAAGCUGAUCUUUCACCAGGUGUACUGUAUGUAAGGGCUUUUCCUGCUAGCAAGAUGCUUAAACAGGAUCAUGUUAUUGGUCGUCUGAGCUAUUUAGUUGUUUUACAAAACCACAGCAUUGUAUCAGAUAAGAUUUUGAUAAAAAGUUUUGUGCACAUUUCCAGGGGCGGGGAGGGUUGACAUUUCCCUGAAAUUUCUUGAUCGGAAUGAGUCAAUACUGGUGUUUGAUACCUGUCUUAAGGAACAUGCUCAUAAGGUGACUGAUAACGUUGUAAAUAUGCCUGAGAAACAAAGGGGUAGUUUUGAUAUUCUGGUGUCAGUAUGGAAGAUCUUACACAUUUAUUUGAUUCUCAGAUGUAUGAAGAUGUUUCUUUGUAGCAUCUCUGCACAGUAGCCUUGACUUAUCCCCUGUGGUUCCUACUGUCCCUUUCUGCCAUGGCCAGUGCUCCCUCUCCCUACAGACGUUUUAUUUAUUUCACUCCGUAACCUGGAAUGAGUAGGAACGAGAGUUUUAAACCAUGUUACAUUAACUUAUUUCUGACAUUAGAAAUUAGCCUAGGAUAUUACAGGAACAUGAUUGUUAAAUAAUUUAUAUCCAAACCGUUCUAUACAUAUGCGCUUCUUACAUUUGACAUGCUUCCACUGUACUUUAUUUGCUGUUUGUAUUUCCAAAAAGGAUGUGCAAACCAGUGUGUCUGUUUCAUGGAUAUUUAAAUAGUGAGAUCUUCCAUGUUGAAGGUAAUGUAUUUUUUUUUAAGAUUUUAAAAUCGCUAUUUUGUUACAAAAUAGAGACCUAUUAACAGUUUGAGAGCUCCUUAUGUGCCCUCAGGGAAAGAACCCUCUGUGCAACAGAACUACGCAAAACAUCUUCAGCACGUUCUGAGGGUGAAUAUAUACUACAUAAAUUGAUCUUGUGUAUUUAACCUUAUCUUUUAAUUUUAAAAUUGAAAUUUUGAAAUUGGUUGUGCUCUGCUGGAGGGGGUUGGGAUAAACUGCUUAGGUGUUUGCCUACUUGUCCAGUGAAAUUCCAUUUGCAUCACUGUAUAUGUAUAUACCUUCCAACCUUAUUGGUAUGUCUUUGAACAUUUAUAUUAAAAUAAUGCUUGUCUUGCAGCAGGUGAUCCCAUAAAACAGUUAAUUCCCUAUUAAAAAUGUACUCUCUCUCUCUCACUAACAACAUAGGAAUUGUUGGGGGUUUUCCAUAUUGUAUCAUUUAUUUAUGUAGUGGUCAGUUUCUAUUCUCCUGUUGGGUUUAAUUUUAAUGGGAGUAAAGACCCUGGUGCUCUGCCACUUUGGAAGAAAGCAUUUGUCCGGUCCUUCUUCUCAUAAUGGUGUUUACUGUUACUCUAGAGGGAAAAAAAUCCAAACAGACAUAGGAAUUUUUUUUUUUAAUUGGGGAUAUUCUCUAUCAUUUCACCAUUUUACCAACAUACUGUGAUAUACACAAUAUUUUAAAAUCAGUAUAUGAAGUGAACAGAGAGGAAGUUUGUAGUGUUGUUAACGAAACUGCAUGUUUUGUCUGUGAUCUAAUUAGGAAAACACGGAGGUCAGGAAGGUGAGAAUAUGGUGGGUAUUUUUUUCCUUCCCACUUUUUGUUAUUUUUAGUUUCUAGGUCCCAUUCUGAAGUUCGUGUGCCUCACUCAGAAUGAAUAUACCAUCCAUAGUUCUGUUUUUUGAGUCUCUGUUUAUUUUGUUUCAUAAAUUCUGAGAAAGUUCCACAUAUAGCUCAUUUAGUUGGUACGUGAAAAAGCAUAUUUCCAUGUCUUUGCUUCUGUGACUUACUUUCAAUGCCAUCUGAUAAAUCACUGUCAAGCAUGAAAGUUGUGCAUUGUACUUUGCCAGAGAAGGUAGUUCAUUGGACCUGUGGCAUUCGUUUUUAUCCUAUUAGCUGUUUACCACACACAAGAGAAUAAUAAAAGAAAUUUCUUUCUACUAGAACCGAAAUUUUCCACUUGUGUAGAUCUGAUCACUUUCUCUCAAAUUUCAAGUUGAUGCUAAAAGCACAUCCCAAAUUAAUAAGCUGCCUUGAGAAGUUACAGGAUGCACUUCAAUUUGUAGGGCUCUAAAAUGGAAACAUUUUAAAUAUUUGAAAACAUUGCUUUAAAGACCAUCUUACCAUACUUUUACGUUUCAGAUGUUAAAGCCCAUGUUGUCAUCUUAACAAGGGUAGAAUUUGUAGUGAUCAAAUUUAGCAUGAGUUAUCAACUUUGAAUCUGAAUAUUUUUUACCUAGCUUCUUUGAGUCAAUUUCUGAGCAUAUUGUCAGUCAAUAUUGGUAACUGAUAAUUACAGGGAAAAGUUGCUUUGCAGCUGAGUGUAAUCAUCAGUGUUGCGGAAGAACUUUUCUUGUGUUGUAGUGAAUGCAGAGUGUUGAUGGGAUCACUUACUGUAAAACCCCUCUGUAAGCAGAACCAAAUUAACAUGCUCAAGGAGUAUCCCAUUUUCUGGAUAAAUUGAAUAAAUAUGCUGGUUCUCCCUUUAUACUAGCAUUUUUGUAUCCCUUUGCUGGCAAGGGAAUACGAAUGAAAUCUUACUUUUACUCCAAGAGCAAGUCAUUUCCCCUAAGGCAGAAAUUGGCAGGUGUUUUUUUUUUUUCUUUAAUAAAAAAAAAAAUUCAAGCCUCAAACCAGUGGAACACAGACACUGGCUGCACUUAGUACUGCCAAAAACCAAGGUCAUUUGCAUAUAUUUUCAUCAAUCUGUCAAGAAUUAGGCCUCAGUCUAUAACCCAAGGCAUGGAAGUGCAUGCAUUCUCUUAGCUGGGCAAACAAUUAUACUGUAGUUGUGAUACAACACAUGUGGCUUUUAUUUGUACUGCACAUAUCCACUGUACAGCCACUUGGGAGUAUCGUGGUUAAUUAGCUUGCAGCAACUGCUGUCUGCAUUUAUACUGUUAAUUGCAUAUUCUUUUCCCUGGAAGUGAAAGAGAAAUGUUCUCCUUGUUGCAUUGAUUACAUUUAUAAAUUUGCUUAGCUGGAAAGUUUGGGAAAAGAGGCCUGUUUGUCAAUUGUACAACCGAUUGUGAAGCUCUAGUGUGAAUAUUUUUACGUCUGUAUUAGACAUUUUCUUUGCAAAUCUAUUGUUCGAUUGAAAUGUAAAUGAAAUUAAAGAUGGUGUACACCCAUCAUGUAAAAAGCAGGCACCAUCUCUAAGAUGGAUUUAAUGCUCAUUUUUAAGGCAUAUACUCAGCUUCUAUUUAAAACUAUAAUUUAAAAUAAUUCUGUACAAUGAAAUGGGGGUUAUAUAUGGGAAUAAAUUCUAUUCCACUUAUUUCAAUUUGAAUUUCCAAAUUGUAAUGUUUCCCUUUGUGCUAUAGGAAUAGGAUUAAAUGGGGGAAGGCUAGGAUUUAUAAGGCCUGUAUAUGGGGGGAGGGUGGAGAUGGACAAUGAGGGUUGUGAUGAUAGUGAAUAGCGAAGAGUGAAUUCUGUGUGUUUUUGCUGUAGCGCUGAAGUGAAGAGAUAAUUAGCUUUGGCUGUUCACAGAAUAGAGCAUCAUGAUUUUCAGUGUUUGAGAGAAAAUUGAUGGAAAAAGUUUGCAGUACUUGACAUGUAUUUGCAUGCACAAAAUAAAAUUAUUUGUCCACCUUAAAAGUUGUUUGUUUAGUGUUAAUAUUAAGCUUAUGGUACAUUUUAGUUAUCUUGUUUUCCUUGGUAUAAUUUUUUGGCUUAACUAAGCUAUCAGGAUACUCCUUAGGUUGAGAUUUAACUUACCACCUGCCUUCUAUAUAUACCGCUGGGAAGGAUCUAAAAGAAAUGAAAAGACCACAGAGAUUAAUAUAUGUCUUAACUUGACCAAUCACUUAGUACAGUAUGGAGUGGUGGUUUUCAAUCUUUUUGCACCUGCGCAUUGGCAGUUGGAAACCACUGAUACAGAGUACUGUGUAUGUCGGGAAUGUGGAGUAGAUAUUAGCAGCUCAUUGUCUAGUGGAGAGUACAGGACAAGUGCACAAAUAGCCAUGAUAAAGCAGUGUAAUUACAGAAGUGUGAAGACAGUUCUGUGGGACAUCAGGAUAUGAAGAGAGGUAUCUUUGUUAGUCCUUAACAUUAGAGCUCAGCGAAAUUACAAGCCUUUUCUCUAGAAGCUCACAGUGUGGAUAAAGGAAAGACAAAUGAAUAACUAGCUCAUUGAGCUUUGUUCUGCUAUAGGGUGUACUGAAACUCCGAAAGGAAAAUUAUGGGGCAGAUGGUAAGUGUUGAACCAGAUGAGGCAGUCUAGGCUUACUUUGUAGACUGAAUUAUAUUUCACUAGAGAUAUAGAAGAAAAAUACUUGAAAACCUACUCUACCUUCACAACAACCCACUUUGUAUCUGUCCUUCCCUACAGCAACCCACUUUGUAACUUUCCUUCCCUACAGCAAUUAUGAUUGCUGUCUUAUAUUCGAGUUGUGAAAUAAUUUCCCCAAGACUUCUUCCUAGUUAGAAAGUAAUGGUCAGGAUUCUAAUUUUUUUUUUGUCCUCUUUCUACUUCCCAAAGAUGGUGAUGGUGAAUGGAACCUCUUUUAACUACAUAUGUUACAGGGGAAGGAGUGUUUCAUAGACAUAGUUUUGAGUUCUGAGGUCUGUUAUUGAGGAUCUUUUCCCCCCCUUUGUAUUGUCAAUAUUUUACAAAUGAGAAAAAUUGAGUCAGUGACCUUACAGAAUUUGCCCAAGGUCCACAUUAGAUGAGUCAGGUAGCGACUUGUAUGGAGGACAUUGAAUAGCUAGAACAGUUCAGGGUUUUUGAAAGAUUGCUUUGGCAUUCAUGUACAAAAAAUAGAUGAUGUGGAAGAUAGACCUCCCAAGGAAAACAGCCAGCAAUCUAGGUAAGACAUUUAGAAUAAAGCUAAGCAGGAAUAUAGGAAAAGAGAUGGUUCUGAAAAGUAGGUGAGAAUAAUUGACAACAUUUGUUGUAGAGGGAAUAUUAUUAAAGUUGCCUUGGAUCCAGAACCUGUUACUGAGAAUAGACCAAUACAUAUGAAUCAGGUAAUCCUCUGUAUGCCCUAGACUAUUUAGAUCAGGAAGAAAAGGAAAAACCAUGGACCAGGCAAUAGAGAGAAACUGUAAUAGAAAUGAGAUUUCAUCAAGAUUGUAUUUCUUUUAUAGUUAAUGCCUAUCCUAUUAUGCUCAUAACAAAGCCUAUGUCUUUUUUUUUUUUAAAUCAUUGACAUCUCCCAUAUACGGUGAUUCCAAAUUUGUCUAUAACUAGGAUCUUUUAAAAAUCUCAUAACCCAGAUUAUUAUCUCUGGGUGCGGAACCAAGGCAUCAGUACUUUUGAUGCUUCCCAGGUGCUUUUUAAGUUCAGGGGUUGUAGAAAAAUUGAGUGGGAGUCACUGUCAUAAUGAACAAAACUAAGGCUUUGAGUUUGUUUCCACCUACAGUUAUAUCCGUCACAUACUAUCCAUUGUCAAAUGUUCAGGAUUAUAUGGUUUCCAGGACUCAUUCAACAAGUAUGUUUCUAAUAAUCCAUAUACCAGGAAUGGGUUAUAGGAACAAACUUAUCCCUAACUUCACAAGAUUGACAUUAUAGUUGGGGGGAGACAGACAAGAAAUUUUUUAAAUGGUUGAUUUUGGAAUGAGUCAUAGUGAAACCAAGAUGAAUAAAAUACAAGCAGACGAUGCUGGUGUGUAAGGUAGGCGUGGUCUUCUCCAUUUGGAGUUUUAAGAGACCUCUCAUAUUUAACAUGUUCAAAUCUUGAGUUUCGGCUUUUCCCCCUGCUCCCCAAACUGCACCUCCAGUCUACUCCAUUUCGGUUACGCUGCCCUUGGCCGUCAUACACACCUAGUAAUACGUUCAGAACCGACCACCUCUCACCAUGUACGCCAAAGCCACAUCUAGGGGCUCCCCCUGGACACACAACAGCCCUUCACACCCCUGUUCUACUCGGCUGCCAGAGGCAUCCCGUUGAAAUGUUAAGGGGUCAUUUCACUCAUGGGCUCGAAGCCCUCCAAAAAUGGCUUUUCACUGAGAGUGAAUGCCAGUCUUGGAUACUUUCCUCAUUGGACUCUGGUCCCGCCACACUGUUCACUGUAGUGCCCUUCACCGUGCAGCCAUGCUCUCAUAGGAGGGCCUUUACACUUGCUCUUUCCUGUAGAAAGUGUAGGAAGUUUCCUCAUCCCCUCCAGUACUCUGUGACUAGAUCUUUUUCUUCAGGUCUUGACACAAAAGUCAACCUCAGUGAGAAUUAGAUGGAAAGUUAAUGGAGGUGGGGGGGAUGUUACUCCCAUAUAUUUAAUGGGGUGUUAAAUAGAUGUUUAACCCAAGAUAUUGGAUGAGAUCAAUAUAAGGGUUUUUUUAACUUUAUAUUUUGAGAUGACAGAUUAACAGGAAGUUACAAGAAUAUUACAGAGGAUCCUUGUAUCCCUUACCUAGUUUCUCCCCAAUGAUAGCGUUUUAUAUAACUACAGUAUAAUAGCAAAACCUGGAAAUGGAUGGAAGUAACAAUCUACAAUUCAGGUUUCACAGACUGUUGUGUCUGUCUGUAGGUCUAUGCAAUUUUAUCACAUGUGGAUUGGUCACUAUGACCAAGAUAGCAACUGAAAUCAAAAAAGAUAGAACAGAACUGUUCCAUUACCUCAAUGUUUCUUCAUGCUACCCUUAUAUAUUCAAUUCCAUUCCCCUCCCUUACUAAUAUUCCUCCAUUCCUAAUUCCUGGCAACCAUGGAUCUGUUAACAUUAUAAUUUUGUGAUUUUGAGAAUGUUAUUUAUAUAUGAAAUUAUACGGAGUGUAACUUUUUGAGAUUGGCUUUUUCCACUCAGCAUAAUUCCCUUGAGAUUCUUGCAAUUUGCUGCAUGUAUUAAUAGUUUGUUCCUUUUUUUUUUAUUGCUGAGUAAUAUACCAUAGUAUGGAUGUAUCCCAUUUUGCUUAAACAUUCAUCCAUUGAGGAACACUUGAGUUGUUCAGUUUUUUUACUAUUACAAAUAAAGCUGCUAUGAACAUUUGUAUGUA